AUGGCUCACAGAAUUCAAGUUGCCAUUCUAGAUGACUAUCAAGGCAUCGCAGAGCCAAUAUUUCGUCAAGUAAUGCCAGAAAUUGAAAUACGCACGUUUUCUGACACCAUCCAACUCUCUACUCCCGAAGACAGCGAUGCCCUUGUGCAUCGGCUUCAGCCCUACAAUGUCAUCAGCACGAUGCGCGAACGAACGCCCUUCCCGAAAGAAAUUAUAAAGCGUCUUCCUAAACUAGACCUACUUCUUACUACGGGAAUGAAGAACUCCGCCAUUGACUUGGCUGCCUGCACUGAGCAGGGGAUUGCUGUUGUUGGUGCGAAGGGUCUUGGUAAAGACACGAAAGAAACCCCACCGACAUCUCUUGAUUCAACCCUCGAGCAUUGUUGGGCCUUGAUCCUAGGCCUCGCUCGAAACAUCUCUCGAGAUGAUUUAGGCGUCAAAACGGGACACUGGGAAACAUCUCACGCCACAGGACUUCGCGGUAAGACGCUCGGUCUGCUGGGAUUUGGUACCUUGGGCGCGAGAGUCGCUUUCGUUGCUGAUGAAAAGGCUGCAAGCUUUAGCCUACCUCCAGGGUCAUUCAAAGUUGCUGGAACCAAAGAGGAGCUACUGCAAAACUCUGAUGUUUUAAGCAUCCACUAUGUUCUAUCCGAACGCAGUAGGAAUAUCUUAGGAUCGAGUGAACUAGCUCUUAUGAAGCCUUCAGCGAUCUUGAUCAACACGUCUAGAAGUGCUCUCGUCAAUGAACAAGCUUUAUUGGAUACCUUAUUGCAGGGCAAGAUUAGAGGGGCUGCGCUGGAUGUUCACAACGUCGAACCACUGCCACAGAACUCCCCUUGGAGGGUAACCUCUUGGGGUACUGAAGGACGGAGCCAAUUGCUUCUUAGUCCACAUAUGGGCUAUGUGGAAGAGGGAGUUAUGACGCGCUGGUACCAAGAUUCGGCAAUGAAUUUGAAGACAUGGGCUGAGGGAAAAGAUCUUCUCACUAAACUCAAUUAG